CGACUCCAACAUUGUCAUUGUUCAGUUUCGCUCCCAUCUGCAGUGGUCUGGUGUAGUUGAUUGUUGUUGCUCUUGUAGCUAUGGCCGCCUGUACCGCUUGCGCUUCCACUGCCUUGGCUGGGCAAUCCUUGCUCAAGCCUGUCAAUGAGCUCUCCCGCAAGGUCGGCUCCAGCCAGGCCCGCGUCACCAUGCGCAGGACCGUGAACAAGUCCGCUGGUAGCGAUAGCAUCUGGUAUGGAGCUGACAGACCCAAGUAUUUGGGCCCAUUUUCCGGUGAGACCCCCUCAUACCUUAACGGUGAGUUCGCUGGUGACUACGGAUGGGACACCGCUGGACUCUCCUCCGACCCCGAGACCUUUGCCCGCAACAGGGAGCUUGAGGUUAUUCACGCCCGCUGGGCCAUGCUCGGAGCUUUGGGGUGCGUGACCCCUGAGCUGUUGGCGAAGAGCGGUGUGAAGUUCGGUGAAGCUGUGUGGUUCAAGGCCGGAGCUCAAAUCUUCAGCGAGGGUGGUCUUGAUUACUUGGGCAACCCCAGCCUUGUGCACGCUCAGAGCAUCCUGGCCAUCUGGGCUUGCCAGGUUAUCCUUAUGGGAGCUGUUGAGGGUUACCGUGUUGCCGGUGGACCAUUGGGUGAGGUGACUGACCCCAUCUACCCCGGAGGCUCAUUCGACCCCUUGGGUUUGGCUGACGACCCCGACACCUUCGCUGAGUUGAAGGUGAAGGAGAUCAAGAACGGGCGAUUGGCCAUGUUCUCGAUGUUCGGAUUCUUCGUUCAGGCUAUCGUGACCGGAAAGGGCCCAUUGGAGAACUUGAACGACCACUUGGCCGACCCCGUUGCCAACAACGCAUGGGCCUACGCCACCAACUUCGUUCCCGGGAACUAGACUAUUGACAUGAACAUGUCGCUGUGAUUGAGAAUUGUAUCAUAGAUCUUUAGCAAUGUAAGACGGGGCUUUUUAAUCUAUCGGGAACUAUCUACCUAUUGUGGCUGCAAUGAGUGAGAUGGUGUGUUUACCACUGAA